UUGUUUACACUUUUAGUUAAACUCUGCUUCCACGAUAUUGCGGUUGAAUUGUCAGUCACGGUAACGUUAGCUAGCUAACUAGCUGCUGUGGGCGCUAACGCUAGCCGAUCACAACCGCAGUUAACGGGACAGACAACAUGGCUUGAGUUAGCGUAGCAUAGCCAGUGUCAGUGUAAACUCUGAAUUAUUUUUAUUUGUUUAUUUUAUUUUAUUUUGAUUCUGUCACAGAAAACGUCGCAGGCAAGCAGCAAAGAUGGAGUCCAGUGAGGAGGGGGGCCUCAGUGUCGGAGGCUCUGUGGGAGAGGAGAACUACUUCCUAGGAUAUACCUUCACCGACCGCUCCCACUCCAGCCGGGUGGUGAAGAGCAUCAUGGACCUGUGUCUGGAGGAUGGCUUGUUUGCUGACGUCACUGUCACUGUGGACAGCAAAGAGUUUCACCUGCACCGCCUGGUGCUCUCGGCACAGAGCAGUUUCUUCCGCUCCAUGUUCACCUCCAACCUUAAAGAGUCGCACAACCGCGCCAUCGAACUGAAGGAUGUGAGCGCCACCGUCUUUCAGCUGCUGAUCGACUACAUCUAUCACGGCACAAUUAAACUGAGGGUGGAGGAGCUGCAGGACACCUAUGAGAUGGCAGAUAUGUAUCAGCUGACUGCGCUGUUUGAGGAGUGCUCUCGCUUCCUCUCACGGACAGUCGAGGUCAAGAACUGCCUGCAGGUGAUGUGGCUUGCAGACAGACACAGUGACCAGGAGUUGUAUACUGCGGCCAAGCAUUGUGCUAAAAUCCAUCUGGCUCAGUUGCAUCAGACUGAAGAGUUUCUGAAUCUGCCUCUCUGUCUUCUCUUGGACAUCAUCAAAGAUGGCGUUCCGAGCUCACAGAAUCCAACAGUGGCUAUCGAGUCAUGGAUAAACCACAACAAGGUGGAGAGAGAGGAGUUUUCUUGUAUCCUCCAAGAAAACCUCAAGGAAAUUGGUGAGAACGUCCACAUUUACCUGAUUGGUAAAGAGGAAGCGCGGACGCACUCUUUGGCCGUGUCGCUUCACUGUGACGAGGACGAUGCGAUCAGCGUGAGCGGUCAGAACAGUCUGUGUCAUCAGAUCACUGCAGCCUGUAAACAUGGAGGUGACCUGUAUGUAGUUGGGGGGUCCAUCCCACGACGCAUGUGGAAGUGCAACAUGCACACCAUGGACUGGGAGCGUUGCGCUCCACUGCCCAGAGACCGCCUCCAUCAUACAAUGGUCUCUGUUGCUACUGAGGACGCUAUCUACUCACUAGGAGGCAAGACGCUGCAGGACACACUUUCUAAUGCCGUCAUCUACUACACAGUGAAGGACAACAUGUGGACAGAGACCAGCCAACUGGACACGGCAGUGUCCGGAGCUGCUGGUGUCAAUCUGGGAGGCACCAUUUACCUGCUCGGAGGGGAGGAGAAUGACAUGGAUUUUUUUACCAAGCCAUCUCGACUGAUUCAGUGCUUUGACACCACCUCCCAGAAGUGCCAGAUCAAGCCUUACAUGCUGCCGUUCGCCGGCUGCAUGCACGCCGCUGUCCACAUGGACGUGAUCUUCAUCGUAGCAGAGGGAGACUCGCUGGUGUGCUACAACCCUCUGCUGGAGAGCUUCACUCGCCUUCGCUUCCCGGAGGUGUGGAGCUGCGUUCCAUCGCUCUGGAAGGUGGCCAGCUGUAAUGGCUGCAUAUACGUCUUCAGGGACAAAUGUAAGAAAGGUGACGCAAACACAUUAAAGUUUAACCCGGCCACGUCUGUCGUCUCCGUUAUCAGAGGUAUAAAAAUCCUCCUCACAAACUGGCAGUUUGUUUUGGCCUGAAACGUCCUCUGGAUGUUCACGUUCUCACCGCAGACAAUCAGGGAAUACCGGUGGAUAACUUACCAUGACUCCGCUGUUGAGACAUCCUGAGAGGACCUCUAAAUGUAUUUACUCAUCUGGUUUCUGUGUCACUCAUUCCAUUCUGACAAUGACAUUCUGAUAUUCUGUACAAACAGUUACUGUGUGUGUGUGUCUCAUUGUUAGCGGAGAGGUCAAACAAUUUGUGAUGAUGCUGUAACCAGUGUUGAACUAAUCGACAUUGUUUUCCUGUGCACUGCUGGUUUAUUGACACGCAUGAACAACCUAAACUGAACAAAAGACGUCCUUCAGUAUAUUGUACGUGAAUCAGUGUAUCAUGAUGUUGUAGGUUAAAUGUCCUCUGAUGUCAGAUUUUAAGUGCAUAAACAUGAUGACGGACAAUAUUUUCUAA